CACCAGCAGUCAAUGAUUUCAACCGUCAUCAUCAUCAAACUACAACGAAUAAACUUCUACAAACCAAGGAAAAAAAACUGUUUCGCACAAACAAAUCUUGAUUGUCUCUUCUAGGUCAGCACCACCGACCACUAGCACGACGAGGAAUCAGUCGUGUUGAGAGAUUUUUUUGGCAUUCGUGUUGAGUGCUUCUUGGUGAAACUUGAACUCAUCUGUUCAAGAUCUCAAGCAAGAUGUCGCUGUCGGGCAGCUCGACAAAUACCACGCAAAGCGAGAGCGACCACGAGCAGUCCUUUCAGACCCCGAAAAACCAACAGCCAAAGAGUCGUGAGAAGCACACGCGGGUGUCGAAAGCCGUGUAUUUCCUGAAAAUUCACCAUCCGAAGCCAAUUUUUGCAGUACAGGAGCCGAAUCUAGUAUUCCGUCCGUUGCUUUGCAUGACAGCAUGCAUGGGAUUGGGAAUGGUUAAUUUUCAGAGAAUACCUUGUUCGCUGCCGCUUUUGCUCGCACCGGUCACUUUUGGAAGCAUGCGCACGACACCAAACGGCGCCGCCGCGUCAAUUGGGCGGUGGUGAAUGCGCACGACGAGUUCGUGCAGAAGCACCUCCUCCCCGCCACCCGUCAGAUCCACCCGUACCUGUGCACCGUGUCCGCUUGCCGCCUGGGGGACCUGCCCGCGCACCACGUGUUCGCGGCGCACCCGGCGUGGAUCGCGUUGCAUGGGUUGGGCAAGUAUGUGGCGGGAAAACCGGUGAAAAGUUUGUGCUCGGCGACACCGAAUGAAGUUAUCUUACCGGAAAACAAGAUAUCCACUGAAAAAAAACGUCGUCUUAAGUGUAACGUCUCUAAGCGAAGAACACCAGCAUAACAAAUCUGCCUGGCAUGACAGCGAAAACUUGCCAUGCGCAUGUAGUUUGCGAAAACUAUGGUGUUGCUGUUGUUAAACAGCAAUGGGCCAUAUAAUCCAUCACCAGCAUGACAGACGCAACCCUCUGGUACUAGGUUUUUAUAUUCGCAUCACAGACGUAGACUAGCGCAUUUGCAGUUUCCCUCCUGCAUAUAAGAACGAGCUCACCGAAUGGAUGGAGACCAAACAGUAUGGCGUUCUCAGAUGCUACAUUCUCAACUGUCACAUCAUUUGUCAUGCAGAAUUCCAAUCAGAAUUGACGCGACCAAGCUGCUUCGCAUGACAAAUUCCCGAAGGGACAAACAGGGUGAGAAUCUGUGCCAAAUCUGUCAUGCAAAAGGCGCAAUCUUCCCCCUUUCAGUUUUGUCAUUCUUGCAUCACAAGCUCAUGUAACAGUUGAGAAUGUAACAGUUGAGAACGCCAUAAACAGUACAGCAACGACUGGGAAGGGACGCCGUUUCAUUGUCCGUUGACCGGCAUAUGACAGUGCGCAGCGAGUUUUACUUCAUCUUCCCCCGCUUUUUUUUUACAGAGGAGUUGUACCAUCCACAGCAACACUAGUGAAAACAGCAACGCUGCAGUUUCGGCAUGGAAAGUGCAAAUUUUCACCUGGACAAGAGAAGUGGUAGUACAGAUACAAGACUGUCUCGGGUCCCAUGAUCGUCCAGGAUGAACUUGUGAUGCAAACUCAGCCAGUGAAAGAGAUUUUUUGGGGUAGUUCUUUUCCAUGUGAGGACAAGAAGUCAGGGAGAAGGGAAGUUCUUGUUGCGCACUGUGAUAUGGCAUAUGACAGUGCACAACUCCCCCUCCCCCUCAUUUGUCAUGCAAAAUACCCAAUCCACCCUUGGCCUCUUGGCAUUGUUUGCAUGACAAGUUCUGGUAUCCCAAAUAGCACUGUAAUCCAGUGUAAAUCUGUCAUGCAAAGGCGGCAUUUUUGCUGAUGCUUGUAUUGCUGUUCAUGCAAUACAAAUGAGGGGGAGGGGGAGUUGUGCACUGUGAUAUGGCAGAGUGCUCUUCUACUACCGGGCGUGGGAUAGUUUGCUGAGCACCGAGUUUGUAUCAAAAGGAAAAAUCCCCCCUCCCCAUAUCAAAACGAAGUUUGUGAUGCUGGAUUUGCGUACACAGAUCAGAUUUGUCUUGCUGGAGAGGACGGCAGGCUUAUAUCAAGCCCGAACUGGGAAGUUUUGAGCUAGGCGCUGAGCAUGGCAAACGUGUAGUCUGUAGGGCCAACAGCAUCACAAACCGCCAACAGAGUGCGGCAGAGCCUGUGCGGUUGCGUUCUUGCAAGACAGAGACGAUUUGAGGUCACAAAUCAGCAUGACAAAUUUUCUGGGACGUGCCUUUUCGAUAUGGGGAGGGGGGAUUUUUCAUUGCAAUAGUUUGGCAUGGACUUGGAUUUUCACAACCAGUACAUCGUGGCCGGGAGCAACAUCAAGUUGAUGUCCUUCAACGAUUUUUACGCAUGCUUGCAAAACAAGUAUCGUACUCGUACUAAUACAUAGUAAUAAUUGUAACCAAUGGCAUAGCAGAUGGGCACGUGCUUCGAUACUGCAACCUAAUUUAUUUUCUGCAUGACAAAUUCCACCUUUCCUCCUGGAAGAACAAUUUGUGAUGCAAUCAGAAUCACUGCUGCUGCGAUACAAUACAAAUACUUUUGCAAUGCAUAACGAUACCUCGGACGCGAGUUCUUGCACUUUGGCGGGCGGAGGAGGUCUGUACUCUCUCUUCGACAGCAUGCAGACCACGUCCCCCACGUACUGUUCCCGCCCCUCCCCAGACGGCGUCACCAUCACUUCGCGGGUGUCGCUCCUGACCGCGCAGGACAGGCACGGCAAGGAACCGUAUGGCAUUCUCGAACGUUACAUUCUCAAUUGUUACACGAAUAUGUAAUGCGAGAAUUAUCGCAAAAGUCAAAAGGGGGAGGCUGCACACGUAGCAUUACAAAUUUCGCACAGAUUGCGGUGCUGUUUAGCCCUUGUUCGUAGAUUUUUUAUGCGAAUCAGCUACAUCGUGCGGAUAAUGUAUGAUGGUAGUUUCGCAUGACAAACUCAUGUAACAGUUGAGAAUGUAACAGUUGAGAACGCCAUAAGCCGCUGUUGUUUGGUGUGGAGCCGGAUCCAAGCACGAUCUGGGACAAGAACCAGCACCGGGACUAAGUAGUUGGACGUACGAAAUCUGCUUGUUCAUCCAACGCCGAGAAAACUGUCGUUGUAAGUAAAAAAGUACUACGUGAUCAAUUGAUGUUGAACUGCACUAAAAAUUUUUCAACACCAAACACCAAUUAAAUUUUAGUACCGAUUUGCAACCAGUUGGCAAAUUUGAAACUUUCUUUUGUUGAAACUGGCGGUAUUCACUGCAAGAAAAUCAUUACAAUUAAAUUCGAGAAAUCAAAUAAGUCUUAAUCUUUUGCAUUUGCUGAUACAAGUCCAACUUGAUGAAUCAAAACUUUUCGAAAGAUGAAGCUAGAGUGGCUUCGCCAAAACUUCGAUUUUACCUUUUUGAAAAUAAAUUAAUAUAUUAUGACUAUGGAAUGCGGCUGUAAGUCUUGCUGUAUUCUCCUCGAUUAUAUUAUCCCACGAAAAAACUGCUUCACUGUGAUGAUUUUGCAAGAUCUGCGUCACAAGUUUGCUACACAUGACAAAAAAAACUUGGAAUGCGUGCUUCCUAAGGGAAAACACAGCUAAAAAUCCAAUGUCUUGCAUGUGUAGCAAGACAAACGCAUUUGCGUUCCGUUCUAUGCAUCACAAGUUUACAGUGAAACAGAUUUUUCUUGCGAUAUAUAUUGUGAUUACCACGUACACGUCGAAGGAAUCCUCGACUUUACCUCGGAAUUUUCCAUAGAUGCUUUCUGGUGUCUGUAUGGAUUGCAAAAAUGUCUGGGUCUGGAAGGUUGCAACUUGUCAUGGUAAAUCUCCAGCAUGCAAAAAUCUGUGUUGCAUGAGUGCCAAAAGCUGUCCACUUUUGACCAAAUUGGAAGGGAGUUUCUCAUGGAGGACAGGCAUGGCGGAAACCUCGCAGAGUCUGUCAUGCUAAGUCCCGCAUUUCAGACCUUACGGGUCAUGGAAAAUCUGCAUGACAAGUCUACACUUUUCCAGACCCAGACAUUUUUACAUUUGAUAGUCUGUUAUGAGCUACCACGACAGGUAUCUUAACACCUCCAUCGAGUAUUUCAUCACUAGUCGUGGAAAUAAACACCACAUAACGUCAACGUCUUUUACAGUUCCUUCAGUUCACUGAUGGAACUCAAAAAUCCGCUUAAUUGCGAGAAAAUGAUAUUUCUUUUGCAAAAAAUAAACAAAGACCCUCUGAUGACUUUGUUUUUUUAUCCAUUUUAUUGUGCAGUAUAAGUAUCAGAAGUUGAAGUAUCUAU